GAGUAUAGCAGCCUCUGGUUGCUCUGAGAAUCAGAUAGCAUCACAUUUUGCUGUCGUGGCCGUUGCAGCCAUUCUUCACAGGGGCAUAAAUCUCGCAUCGCAGCACAGCUCUUUGGUCUCUGUUCUGUUCGUAUAUUGAGGACCAGAACCAAUGGACAUCUUUACAACAUCAACAUCUCAGCCACGUGAAAUUCCUAGUUCCGAUGUGACAAUUUUGGAAGGGCAUACUUCAGAGGUGUGUGCUUGUGCAUGGAGUCCUAAAGGAUCUCUUCUUGCAUCAGGGUCUGGGGACUCGACAGCUCGUAUUUGGACUAUAGCAGAAGGGAGAUGUAAUCCUGAUUCACAGAAUGGUCCUUUGAAUGUGUUGGUGUUGAAGCAUCUUAGGGGUAUAAAAAAUGAAAUGGGUAAAGAUGUCACUACGCUUGAUUGGAAUGGGGAGGGGACACUUCUUGCAACUGGUUCAGACAAUGGGCAAGCAAGAAUUUGGACCACUAAUGGUGAAUUGAGGAGUACAUUAAGCAAACACAAGGGACCAAUAUUUUCUCUGAAGUGGAAUAAGAAAGGCGAUUAUCUUCUGACUGGAAGUUGUGAUAAAACUGCGAUUGUGUGGGAUGUGAAGGCAGAGGAAUGGAAACAACAAUUUGAAUUUCAUUCAGGUCCCACACUUGAUGUUGAUUGGCGCGACAAUGUGUCUUUUGCCACAAGUUCCACUGACAAUAUGAUAUAUGUUUGCAAGAUUGGUGAAAACCACCCUAUAAAAACUUUUGUUGGGCACCAGGGCGAAGUUAAUUGUGUCAAAUGGGAUCCCACAGGUUCAUUGCUGGCAUCCUGUUCUGAUGAUAUAACGGCAAAGAUAUGGAAUAUGAAGCAGGAUAAGCAUCUUCACGAUUUAAGGGAGCAUUCCAAGGAGAUAUAUGCUCUCAGAUGGAGCCCUACUGGUCCGGGUACAAAUAACCCUAAUAAAAAAUUGGUGUUAGCUAGUGCUUCAUUUGACUCAACUGUAAAGCUUUGGGAUGUGGAACUCGGGAAACUCAUCUACAGCUUGAAUGGACACACACAUUUCGUAUAUUCUGUUGCAUUCAGUCCCAGUGGUGAGUAUUUAGCCAGUGGGUCUCUUGACAAAUCUGUGCACAUAUGGUCAUUGAAGGAAGGCAAGAUCGUCAAAACAUACACUGGCAAUGGAGGCAUUUUUGAGGUCUGUUGGAAUAAGGAGGGUGACAAGAUCGCUGCAUGUUUUGCUAAUAAUAAAGUUUGUGUUUUAGAUUUCAGAAUGUAAGAUCCUGAGAAGCAUCAAGUUCUUCUGGCUGUUGCAUUAAAUUCUUUCUUUUCCCUCCUUUUUUGUGAGAUUGGUGGAAAUGUAUUUUGGGUGGGUAGGUUUCCCAUUUUAACCAUAGUUGUAGGCAUAGCUCAUUGUUCUUGGACCCUGUUAUAAUUUGCUAUAUCAUUUAGUGAAAAGUAAUUUGUAGGAGUGCAUUAUUAAUAAGCAAAAAUGU